CCCCGGCGAGACCAGAUAUUUAUCGCGGUUAUGGGGUUGACAGGCUCCGGCAAAAGCAGUUUCAUAAGACACUGCGUCGGUAAUAAUGGCAUCGAAAUCGGCCGUGGCCUCGCAUCAUGCACGAAGGAUGUCCAAAUACACUCUUACAAGCAUUCCGAUUCCAUCGAAGUCAAUCUCAUUGACACCCCGGGCUUCGAUGACGACAGCCUAACCGAUGCUGAUGUUCUCGAGAAGAUUUCUGGUUACCUUAAGGAAUCGUACGAUCGCAAGAUCACGCUGAACGGCCUUUUGUAUCUGCACCGCAUCACCGAUAAUCGCAUGCAAGGAUCAUCAAUGAAGAACCUUGCCGUAUUCAAGAAAUUGUGUGGGCCUGAUGCCCUCCAUCAUGUCACUUUCGUCACAACCAUGUGGGACAAAGAAUCGGAAUCGUGUCGUGAGGAGUUUGAGGGCCGUGAAAAGGAACUCCUCACCGACAAUAAGUUCUGGGCCACAAUGAUUCAACCCCAUGGCGCGUGCACAGGGCGACACAACAACACCCGGCAGUCUGCGAUGGACUUGCUAGCGAGAUUCAUCCAACAGCCUGAGAGCACCGUGGUCACCGAUCUCCAGCGCGAGCUGGUAGACGACAAACUGCGACUGGACGAGACCGCAGCUGGAAAGGUUGUAAUGAGCGGGAUCAAUAAGGCAGCAGAGCGGGCGGAAAAGGAGUUACGGGGAAACAAAGAAGCCCGAGAGGAUCUCGCAUCAGCGGCCAGGGAAGAAAAAGCAGCGCACAAGGCAGAACAAGAAGCGGACACGGCAGAACUCGAAGCGCAAUGGGCAGAACUCCUAGCGGAAAAGGCAGAACUCGAGGCAAAGCUUAGGAAGCUCAAAGAACAGGAGGAGAAAUUGAGGAAAGCUGAGAUGGAGAGCAGUAAGAGAUGGAAUUGCUAUUUCCGUGUCGGCUGCGUUCUUGCUGUAGGCUCUGGCGCAGCGGUGGCUGCAGUAGCCUCCGGUGCUGCUGUUGCCGUGCCGGUGAUCUUGAAAGACACCAUAUUGGUUGCCGCGCAGCUUGCCAUGCAGCUUGCCACGGAGGAAAACGAGACCGCUGCCACGUGAUGGAACUGACAAAGUGAAGAGGUUAUCGUAUAGCGAUUUGUUGGAAACCAGUGUGUUGAAUUAUCCGAUGGAUCAUCAAU